UUAGACAAAAUUCUGAUCGCCAACCGAGGAGAGAUCGCAUGCAGGGUAAUGAGAACAGCCAAAAGGCUUGGCAUACGCAGUGUGGCUGUUUACAGUGAAGCUGAUCGAAAUUCAAUGCAUGUUGCUAUGGUAAGCUUUCACAUUUCUUUAGCUACACUACAUAUAAGAGUGGGCUAUGGAUACAAUUUAAUAUCUUUUAUAAUGGAAUUAGGCCUUAUAUGAUUUUUGUAAAAUAAAAUGAGAUUUUAAUUUACCACGCUUUUUUUUUUCCUCACUAAAAUGACAAUUUAAGACCUAAAGUGAAAUUUAAAAGCUUUAACUUUCCCUUUGACUCGCUGUUGAAAUAUAAAAUUCUCAAAGACUGAUUGUCUCCAUAUAUCUGUUAGGCAGAUGAAGCAUUUCACAUAGGACCAGCUGCGGCCUCAGAAAGCUACCUUCGACAAGACAAAAUCCUUAAUGUUGCCAGGUUAUCAGGGGCACAGGUCAUUACUGAAUUUGUAUAAACUCUUAAGAUGUUGCUACAAAAACUGUAAUGGUGAUAUUAAUUUCAAUUUCUUUAAUCUUAUGCUUUUGGGGCUACAAUUAAUGUUUAAGUGCUUCAAUAAAGAUGUGUGAACAAUCAUUUCGUGAAUCAACUAUUUAUAAUUUAAAUAAAACAUCAUAUACACUCUGUUAUAGAAUAAUGUAUUUGACUUUCCCCAGGCUAUUCACUCGGGUUAUUUGAAUUUCCCCUGGCUAUUCACCCAGGUUAUUUGACUUUCCCCAGGCUAUUCACCCAGGUUAUGGUUUCUUGUCUGAAAAUGUAGAGUUUGCUCAGACCUGUGAAAGAGAGAAUAUUGUUUUCAUUGGCCCACCUGCCUCAGCUAUUCGUGACAUGGGAAUCAAAAGGUUAGAGAAUUAAUAAAAAGAAUGAAACAAAAUACACUCUUAUAGGGUUAAUUAAUUUAAAAGUGUAUUUUGGCUGCAGAUUAGAUUCACUCUUAAGGAUGAUUUAUAAAAUUUACUAAACUCACUCUUGAAAAGUUUGGAAAUAUUUAUUUGAAAGUGAAUUCCUCUGCAAUGUUGUAACAUAUCAUCAACACAAGCUCACUUAUGAUCAUGUUCAUCUGAUUUUUUCCAGGGUAUGAGAAUAGCCUUGAAUGAAUCCGAGUUUGAGAGUCAGCUCGAGUCUGCUAAAACUGAAGCCAUAAAAUCUUUUGGUGAUCAAGUUAUGCUCUUAGAAAAGUUUGUGGAAAAUCCACGGCAAGUUGCCUUUUUUUUUUAAAUUUAAUUUUUAUAUUCAAUAAAUUGAGACAACAUUAAAGGUCAGGCAUAAUCCUUCAAACAGUUUUGAUUUAAAUAUCAAACAUUCAUCUGAUAAAUGGUUAUUUGAAGAUUAUACUAGUUUUUCUCUAUUAAUUUUCUAAAUGCCAUGCUUUAUUUCUUCUUCAGUAAAUGCUGUUCGGCCAAUUUAAUUAAUUAAUAAUUAAUACACAGAUUUACAGUGACGAGAAUUUUCUUCUUAUUUUUGUCAUUAUUUUGAUGAUUUGUAGUCAUGUGGAAGUACAAGUGUUUGGUGAUCGUCAUGGCAACUAUGUGUAUCUGUUUGAGAGAGACUGCAGUGUUCAGAGAAGACAUCAAAAAAUAAUUGAAGAAGCACCAGCAGUAAGUCUCUUGUAUAUUUUUCAAGAUCAUAUUGCUUUUUCUUAGAAAAAUUGUUUGAUUAUGUAACAUCACUGUCUCACAGGUGGUUGAGAUUUCAUUUGUAUGGGAUUGGCUUGAUCUUUAUUAAUUUCAUGUGAAACUGUGGAUCAUUUCCAACUUUUAUUCAAAGCUUUGACACAGUCCAUCUCACUUUGUUGUCUUGAUGAAAUAUAAAGAAAAAUUUGACAUAUGGUUAUGGGAAUAACUAAUGGUAAACAUGUCAAGUGUAAUCCUAUAAGACCGAAGAGUUUAUGAAAUGCUCAUGCAUAAUUUUUAUGCCGGUAUACAACCUCUCAGCAAAUAUUGAAAAACAUUAUCAUGUAGUAGUCCAAACACACUGAUGAGAAAUUAUUCAUAGUGUGUUAUUCAAUUGAUAGGCUAUUCCCUCUUCUAUAUUGAAAUAAGUUACAAAGAUUAAGAGGUGACAAUUGUUUCACACUUUUAUUGAGAAAUGGCAAAUAUUUCACCUUUAUAUUCAUACAAAAAAAACACCUUCAAUGCCCUCAUUGAUUGAAUAAUUCUGUAUUCCUCUUGUUUCAGCCAGGGCUGACAGAGGAAGUAAGGAGGAGCAUUGGUGACGCUGCUGUCAGGGCAGCUAAAGCAGUCAAUUAUGUUGGUGCAGGUACAACCCACUUGCACUAGUGGUCAAUGAGGGUCUUGAAAGUGACUAAAUUUAGUCAACCUAAACAAAUCAUAGCUAAAUUUAAAAAAAAAUUACUUUAACUAUUUACUAGACUAUUGACAAUCUGUGGUGGCCAAGAUACUGUCUAAUUAUGAUUCUUAGCAAAGACUUCAAACAUAUACCUGAUCUAAACAUUAUAAACCUGAUCUAAACGCUAUAAAGCUGAUCAAAACAUUAAAUACCUGAUAUUUUUCCUGACAACAAUAUAAUUUAUUAGCUUGUUUUUCUUCUCACACAUGUAUUUGCCAUGGACCUAAAAUUGUUUGAAUUACUUCACCAUUGCAGGCACAGUGGAGUUUAUUAUGGACAAAAACUUGAAGUUUUACUUUAUGGAAAUGAAUACAAGACUUCAAGUGGAGCACCCGAUCACUGAGAUGAUUACAGGCACAGAUCUUGUGGAGUGGCAGCUCAGGGUCAGUUUCAAGUUAAUAAAAUUGUCCCAUGUUUAGACUGCAAAGGACACUGAUAUAAGAUCAAUUCAACUUUUUUUAAAAAAAAUUUUUUUACAUAUCAUUUCUUUUCUCGCGGUCAGCCUUUGAUGUGAUUUCCUGCCCUGACUUGUGAUAAAUGAUAAUUAGAAACAAACACUCAGUUGAAACAACUAACUCCUCUGACGGAUAAGCAUCAAUAAAUUAUUGCACUUUCUCCAAAACUCAGUUCUUUGAGAAGACGAAUCCAUCUGAGUACCCCAGUUCCAGGUCAAGACUUACGCAUUGAAACGGGUGUAAGACAAGGUACAAUUUAUUUUCACUCUACUCAACGAACUGGUAUAAGACAAAAUACAAUUUAUUUUCACUUGACACAAUGAACUGGUAUAAGACAAGGUACGAUUUAUUUCACUUUACACAAUGAACAAAUUUUUGUUUAUCUCAAUCUUAAUUUUUUAUUUUUUUAAAAAGAAUAUGAACGUAGUUCGAACUUAAAAGUAAAAUUGUUUAAUUUUGUUUUGUACCUUUUUAAAAAAAAGAUCAUGUGGAAAAUUUUUUUUAAAAUUAACUAAAAAUAUUAAAAAUAGCUGUGUUCAAAGUUUUUUCAGAUUCUGCAGGACAUGGUAACUCUACAUGCCCAUAUCUUUUCAAAAAUUAGUCAGUGAAAAUCAUUUGUAUUAGAUACGAGUUCAUCAUAUGUAUGAGAUAUGCUUAUUCUCUAUCUAAAUAUUAUUAAAUCAGUCUUUAGUAUGUGAUAGAAUAUUUGGACUUUUUUUUUUUUUUAAAUAAUUCAUUCAUCCUUGAUCACUUAAGUUUAGGGCCAAAAAAAACAACAAAAAAAUAACACUUUCUUCCCAUGUCUAAAAUUGGCAUUUUUAAAAUAAAAUAAGCAUACGUCUGCAUCCCAAUAACCAACAUCCAUUUAUAUGGACUGAUUUUUGAAUUCUUACAUUCCUACAGGCGAUGAAGUGUCAAUACAUUAUGAUCCCAUGAUCGCCAAGCUGGUCGUCUGGUCAGAUGACCGCCAGUCUGCUCUGAAGCGUACAGUUGCUGCUCUGAGAGAUUAUCACGUAAGCCAGGGUUAAGUUUCAAAGCAAGUUUCCAACACAUUCUUGGAGAUUAUUUUUCACAUAGUGAAAUCAUUGCUCAACCAUGAAAUGUGUCGUCAGGUUUAAAAUGUUUGGGAUAUUUUUGUAGCACUUCAUGAAUGAUCUUGUUCAAAUAAAUCUCUUUCAAAGAAUCUCAGCACUUGCAUGGCUUUGUCUGCAAUUAAAGUUUAGCAUCAUGCAAAUUGUCACGGCCAUUGUUUUAAAAGAACAUUAAAUUUAUACUAAAAACAGAAUUUAGUUUUGUAAAUGAGCAAGGAUAUACAUUUAAUUUAAAAACUUGCAAUAAUUAGUGUAAGAAUUAAAAUUUUUAGUGUUGUACAUGAGGAAGUACUCUAUUGAAUUUUAAAAAUUUUAAUUUAAAGUAACAUAAUUUAAGCCAUUACAAUAAUUAUAACAAAUAGAAAAUUGGCAAGACAACAUGUGAAAUAAAUAUUUGAAAGUGAAUCAAUCACUGGUUCUUCCACAGAUUGUUGGGUUAAAUACCAACAUCCGUUUCCUUAUGGCCCUGGCAUCACAUCCAUCCUUUCAGGCCGGGGAUGUCAGCACAAACUUUAUUCCUCAAUACCAUACAGAGUUGUUUCCCUCACGUUCCCUGAGCACAUCUGCGCUGGCCCACGCAGCGCUUGCAAUGGCAGCCAGUCAUAGGGCAAAGGUGGUCAGAGAUGCGGCAGAAACUAAAGGUUCAUUGAUUUUUUUUAAUAAAAAUACUUUCAUUCCUUUAGGCUGUUAAUUUUAUCUUGAUGGACAUUUUUAUUUGAAACCAUUUCUAUCUUACAUUAGAAUUUUUUGCUUCUUUCUUUCUUAUUCUGAGAGGUUAAGAAAUUUAAUUACCUAUUUUUACUCAAAUGAAGAGACGGAGAAUGCUUUCCUUAUAAAUAAAAGUUAACAUUUAUGUUUUUUACUUAUAAAUUACUAACAUAUAGAUAGAUACAAUAAACUUGAUUGUAUGAUUGGUAAACUAAGUAUGAUCAGUCUUAUAAACUCCCUUAUUUUCAGACAGCUUUUCUCCCUUUGCAUUGAGCUUUGGUUUAAGGCUCAACAGCUCCUCAGUAUUCUUGAUAAAACUUGUUGAUGGAGAAACCGGUGAGAUAGAGAGCUCUUGUAUGAUGGUAUAGCUCAUUAAUUUAUAAAACUACUUUUUUUUAUGUGUCAAUAAUGGUGUUAAAUAUUAGAUCUGUUGAUAAAAAUAUACUGGUAGGUAAUGGAUUAUAUUAGGUGUUAAAUGCUUAAAAGCAUGGCAUGUAAUAUUAGGUGGGCACUGACAUUGGGACAUGAUACCCUGGAUGAUGAUAUUCAGAAGUUGAAUUUAAAUGGCCAUCUUGGAGCAAAAUUGAUUACAGUGCAAUAAUCCUGAAAAAUACAGGAUACAAGAAUAAACUGGAAAGGAGCCAUCCAUAAUAAUAUAUUGCAUACAUACUGACUCACUGAAAAGGUGGGGGGGGGGUGUUGGAGAUUUGGCUUACUGGAGCCUAUGGUGCUUGAAGUAAGUACAUUUAUAACGGGUACACAAAUUCUGCAAUAAUUAAACUGAAAUUCUGACAGUCUCUAUCCGGUAUCUUUAAUAAAGCCUUGUGUCACCUGAAAAUCUUUGAAAUACAUAAUUUCUAACCAUUUUCAAAAAGGCUAUAUGUCCUAUAAUCUUCAAAUGGCCUCCUUGUGGGGCGUUUGCUGCAAGUCAGGAAAUACUGGUUAAUGGUGACUUGAUUUCAUUUAAUUGUCUUGUUUAUCUUAGUGGUUUAUAAAUUUGUUUAUUUUAGGGGGGGCUUCACUGCACCGACGCAUGGGGUGCAGACUUUUUGCUUAUGUAAUGUAUAGAUGACACCAAAGGCGAAAACACUUGAUUACAUUAUUGAUAUUCAGAUAUUGUCUGUAGUUUUUAUAUUUUAUAUGUAAAUCUAUUUUUAAAAGAAAAAAAAAUUAUUCCAUAGCAAAAAUCCAAUAUUUUUUUUCUUAAAAAUUUACAAUUUUCUUAAUCAGAGCAUACAAUCAGCUUAUCAGAAUCAUCCAAAGGGGAUUGGCUAGUCAAGGUUGAUAGCAAUCAUCAACUGGCUGUAAGUGAUGUUGUGUUGAGUGAAGUCAAUGAUGAUAAAAUGACUAUCAGGUGCUCUGUGGAUGGUGUGAUAUCAUCGUCAACUGUCCUUCUAUUGGGGACAUCUGUUCACCUUUUUACAGUGGUAGGUUCACAUUUCAACAUUCAUUUUAUAGAUACCAUUUAUGUACAACACCACAAGAACAGUUAGUCAGCCCGUCAUUGUAGUAGAAUAUGAAGUUAAUAUGAAUCUGCUCCUAUAUUUUUAAUGUUCUUAAAAGAUACUCUUGUCUAUCCAUCUCUUCUCUAUUAGGAUGGCAUACAUAGUUUAAAUGUCCCAGCUCCCAACUACCUCAAGUCAGCUGUUGGCGCUGGAAGUGUGUUUGACCCUGUGGCUCCAAUGCCAGGUGUGAUAGAAAAAGUGGUGGUACAACCAGGGUCUAAAGUGGAGAAAGGAGACCCCUUGGUAGUUAUGAUUGCCAUGAAAAUGGAGGUCAGUAGAAUACAUAAACUAAAAUUACAGAUUUCUAAACUGAAGUUUGAUUUUUUUUUUUUUUUUUUGAAAAGAGAAAAAUAGAAAAAAUGUGGGGUGGGCGGUUAUUGUACCGGAUUAUCAUGUAAUAUAUUAAUAGUCAUUUUUGUUUUAUCAUGUAAAAAUUUGACAAACAAAAAUAGAAAUGUCAACAAUCACUGAAGUAAUAGCUUUAAUCCCCCCCAGUAUGUGAUAAGAGCAGCCCGUGAUGGUGUGGUGGAGAAGGUGUUUCAUAAACCCGGUGACACAGUGCCUAAAGGGACUGUACUUGUUCAUCUCCAGGAAGAAUAAACUUUAUCAAGUUUUAUGAUUAUUCUUUGACCUAAAAUACUAAAGUUUUU